GAACUUCCUGUGACGCAGCAACAUCAGACAUUACAAAAUGGCGGCGCUCUUUGGCAACACUGCUUCUUCUCGCAAUCAAAGCAAAAAUUUAGUAGAGUUCCGUGCAGGAAAGAUGCACAUGAAUGGUAAAAUGGUUACGCCUGACAAAAGGAAAGGACUUGUUUAUGUCCACCAGUCAGAAGACUCACUAAUGCAUUUUUGCUGGAAAGACCGUACUACAGGAUCAGUCGAAGAUGAUUUAAUUAUCUUUCCUGAUGAUAUUGAGUUCAAGCAUGUAAGCCAGUGCACAACAGGAAGAGUGUAUGUCCUCAAGUUUAAAUCAUCAUCUAGAAAAUUCUUCUUCUGGCUUCAGGAACCAAAGUCAGACAAAGACGAGGACAACUGCAAGAAAGUCAAUGACUUCCUAAAUAAUCCACCAACACCUGGUUCGUCUAGGGGUGGGGGCGGUGGUGGUGUUUUACCAUCUGACCUGUCCAGUCUGGGUGAACAGGACCUUCAAAGUAUCCUGGGUGGCAUGAGUCAACAGCAGCUGAUGCAGCUACUUGGUGGCAUUGGUAUGGGAGGAUCCUCAAGUCCUGGUGUGCUGGGCUCUUUGAUUGGCCGUCCUAGCAGUGCUCAGUCCACUGCAUCUGAGCCACCUCUGAGAAGUCAGUCAUCUGCUGCAAGGGCUACAACUGCAGACACCACACCAUCCCAGCCACGCCCUGUCACUGCUGCCGCCCUCCCCUCCCAGUCAACUGCAGGUGAUGCCACUCGAGCCGCCCCUCAAGGAGCCAGCAGCGCUGCAGCAGCAGCAGCCGUUUCCUCUGGAGCCAGUGCUCAGAUUCAGCUCAGUGACUUACAGAACAUCCUCUCUACUAUGAAUGUUCCCUCAGGGGGUGCUGCUAAAGAAGGUGUGGACUUGGCCAAAGCUCUGAGUCCUGAAGCCAUGAUCCCCAUCUUGGCAAACCAUGAAGUUCAGGAGAGGCUCAUCCCAUUUUUACCUGAGGGGGAGUCCCUGCCUAAGACGGAGGAAGAACUGCGCAAUACUGUCCAGUCUCCUCAGUUUCAGCAGGCCCUGAGCUCCUUUAGCUCAGCUCUUCAGUCGGGUCAGCUGGGCCCUCUGAUGUCACAGUUCGGUCUAGGCGAGGAUGUGGCUAAUGCUGCUGCCCAGGGGGACAUGGAAGCAUUUGUUAAAGCUAUGCAAGAAGCCACCAAGAAGAAAGAUGACUCCAUGGAGCAUUAGCUUAGUCCUGGCACUCUGAACAAGGACAGUCACUCUCACAAUAGCAAGCAGUGUUUGAUAGACAGCAUCA